AGUCAUUUGUAUUACACUAAAGACGUAAAGAGUUCGUACUAUCUUAUCAUCUUCGCAGAAGCGGUCGCGGUCGUACGCGUUCGAUAUUCUCUGUUCGGUGUUUUUAUUUUUACGUACGUACAGACGCGAAAGAGAAGAAAUUACAACGAAAAUCUGUGUUUGUAGUUCGCGUCUCGAAAACGCGACUUCGUUCGGUUAUUAUUAUUUUUUCCUUCGGUAUUAUUUCAUUAAUUUACUCGUAUAUACUCGUAGAUUAUUGUAUAGUGAUGGAAAAAGUGCUAAAACGAGUUACUCAUCACAACAGCAAGAAGCAGCAGCAGCAACAAAACAAUACGAAAUCGUCCUCAAAAAACAAUGCACAUCGCAGCUCAUCGAUCAAUAAACGUUAUUCGGUCGACGAUAAUUUUUACACCUACGUUCACAGGGGCGAAUUAUACGAAAAUUGCGGCAGCACGGCCAGCUACUUUACUAUAGCGAAUCGAGGCGAAUUCAAAAGAUCCACAAUGCAGCAUCGAUCCAGGUCUUCGAAAGAAGACACCGAUAAGCAUCACCCUCAUCAGCAGCAAAUCACUCGUAACGAAGACGUCACCUUCAAGAAGUUCCUCAAAGUAUUCAACUCGAGUAGCGGCGAUUCCAAAGGAGCCAAGGAAUGGUUCGCCUCCGGUGCCAGUAACAUGAUGGAUUUCGCUCCGAGAAUAUUGACGAAACGGUUCUGCGGCAAGAAAAGCGGCGAUAACGAGCUAUAUCGUAGCAACAGCUUUAAAUUCGAGAGAUUCGAACGCAAGGAUAACGAUACGCUCACGUCGAGCAAAAAAUCACCAGUUUCUAGACAGAUUUCACUUUGUGAUGAUUAUAGUUUACCAGUGGAUUUUGUGAAUAAAAGGCCGCUCAGUUUAGAUUCCGGGUCGUUUUGGUCGGCUCCUAGUCCUAAUGGUGAUCAGGUGGAAGUAUUGAAUUUAUACUGCGAUCCGAAGGAUUCCAAGAGUCAACAGAAUCUCAACCAAGAAGUGAAAGAUGAGGUAGAAGACGACGAUAAUGAAAACGUGAAGUUGUACACGAUUCCUGAUAAAGAAUAUAGUCGACCUUAUACCGAUACCAGCGAAGACGACGAACACGAAGAUGACGAGCCCGAGCUAUACGAGAACCUGAAACACCGCAGCAAACACACCGCCCUAGCGAAAUCCGCCCGGCCGUCGUCCGCCUCCAGCAAGACUUCGCUCAGCAACACCUACACGGAGGUGCGAAAAUCGCCUUAUUACUACGGCGAUCUACUGAAACGCAGCCAAAGCGAAGACCAGCAUCAUCCGGACCGUCGCUACGAUCCGAAUUCGUACCGAAAGUGCCAAAGUCUAGACGUAUCUCAUGCUAGUAGUAAACGCUGCUCCGGCGACGGCAGCGGUACCGGAGGCGCCUCCGGUUCCGCUAGUAAAGAACUAAAGUAUCGUUCCGCAACAGCCGCAGGUAUCGGGGAGACUGCAGCUGCGGUUGCUAAUUCGUUCGAUAUCCAAGAGGAGAACGAGGAGGAGGACGACGAAGACGACGAUAUGACUACGAAGCAAAGACACCUUUACGAGACUGCUUUCGAUUCGAAGAUUUGCCGGUCGAACGAGACGCUGGAUUUGGACGAGGUCACCAAUCACGUGCUGGAGAGGAGAUCCCCUCAGACGCCUUAUAAUCCUACGUAUUAUAAUAUACCUGCGGAUCGAAAGUGCAGCUUGAAAAGACUGACUGGGUCGUCCAAGUCGGCGGCUUCGAAUCAGAAAUCGGAUGCGUCGAUCGAUAACCUAUCGCAGCAUUUGACCGAUUUGGAUUUGGCUGAUCAGACGACGCUGCUUCGAGGGUACUCUUCGGCGUCGACGUCGACUAUACCGUUACCGCAGAGCGCAUCGUCGAAUUUGAACGAUAGUUUCGAUAGUUUCAGCGAAUCGUCGCAUAAGACCGGAGGCGCUGAGAAUUUUCGUAACGAGGUCGUCUCGCAUCAUCGACGACGUGUCAAGGAAUCAUCGAAAACGUCGUCUUGCUGUAAUAAUAACAACAGCACGAAUAGCAUCAAUAAUAACCACAACUAUCACCAUAAUCGUAAUCAUCACAGCGGCGGUGGUCAUCAUCAUCAUCACCAUAACAGCAGUCGACAAUCAUCGCGACAUUAUAAGCAUCGUAUCUCGUUAUGUUGUCGAACCGACGACACUUCCUAUAUCUCAGACAGUGCGACGACGAACGACUCGCGUCCCAAAAGCUGUCACAUAUCGUCCUCCGGUUCGGCAGGAGCGUCUAUGGCUACGAAAAUCCUCGAAAUCAAAAGCAGGCCUCGAUGCGUCGGCAAAUUCUCCAGCACCGAAAGCAUGGCGACCAGUAGCAGCGGAGGCAGCUUGGAGUCGAUUCGCAGCAGCACCAGCGAAGGUAACAGAAGCACUACCAGUACUGACAGCCAUCACAGUAGCUCGUUAAGCUCGCACAGCUCGGACUCGGCGGUCGGAACCGGAGCUUAUCACUAUCCGGCCGGAUUGCAGCUCGGCAACAGGUUCUUGAAUCAGAACAAAAUGCACGUGCUGUCACCGAUAUCGGAUAAAUCGUUCCAAGAGGCCGGAUCCGAAAGCUCGGAGAUUAAUCGAAAUACCACAACGACGACCAAGUCGCCCGAUGCUGCGGAUGUUGUCGUUAAACGUCCGAAUAGUCCGUCCGAACAACAACAACAACGCACCACCGACGGUCAUAAAUCCUCCAAACGAAGUCUUCCGCAGAAUAAAAACGUCGCUAGUUUAAGUUUACCAUUUAGUACGAACAACGCGCAUCCUCAUCCUCCGUCCUCGUCGGCUGCCGCUGGUGAUACCGAAGUACAUCACGGGUCCGAUUCCGGUAUAUCGAUAGAGUCCAGAAGCGAUACGAAUAAAAUGAUGCAGAACAACGACCUUAACGAUCUUCCAUUCGAUAUGCCCAAGCUGAGACGUAGAAGACUGCAGCAAAUGCAGCUGACUCAGAGCUCAACGCAGGAUACGUCGAGUAGUGCUACCUCGGUUGACCUGAAAGAUUUACCGUUCGAUAUGCCCAAGCUGAGGAGGAAGAUGAGAUCGUCGUCGACUCAAGAUAGCGUCGAAGUACCUGAUAUCAUGAAUAACGCUGCGUCUAUCGGGUCGUUAACCAAUCACGAUGAUCAUUCGGGAGAUGAAGGAUGCAGACAAGCUCCUAAUUUGGAUGUGGGCCGGAACAGGAAGUCGCUCGGGUUGAGUUUGAAUUUAAACGAGAUCAUUAACGUGGCUUCUAACAUCGAUGCCGAUGUCCCCUUGGAAAGACAAGGAUGGUAUCACGGAGCUAUCACACGUAUGGAGGCUGAAAACGAGCUGAGGAAUCGGGAAGAAGGCAGUUAUCUAGUCAGGAAUAGCGAAUCGGCUAAGAAUGAUUAUUCGUUAUCGUUGAAAAGCGCCAAAGGAUUCAUGCACAUGCGAAUACAAAAAUCGUCGGAGACGAAUAAAUUCAUCCUGGGCCAAUUCAGCUCGCCUUUCGAUUCGAUUCCUCAAAUGAUCAAACACUACUCCAGCAACCAGUUACCAAUCCGAGGAGCAGAACACAUGUGCUUAUUGCAACCAGUAAUAGCUCAAUUACUCUGAAAUUAAGUAUCGUUGUCUGGGACGACGAUUACAAUACUCGACGUAUUACUCAUUCGAACGGAGCUAUGUGUAUGUGUUUUCUCUAUUUGUAGGUAUAUAUUCUUACUACUUAUUUACUUACUCUGAAGCUGUAAAGCCUCUCUAAGUGUAAUCGAUGUAGGCUAUAAAAAAAUUAUUAUCUCUACGUAAAACCAAAUAUAAUAUCCUAGUCUUUAAUGAUACCCGUUUUUAAUGUUCGCGUUUAUAUAGUUUAUUAUAUGUAUUAACCUACUUUACAGCUGGUCUCGAAUGUUUUAUACUGAUGUAGUUUUUACGUACCUAUUAUAUCGUACCUACCUGCGUACUUUUAAUUUUUUUUCCUUUCUUUUUUGUAAUAUGAUUAUGAAUAUCAAUUAUCAGUUUAGACGACGAUGUUUCCAUUAUUUUUUUUCUCGUUUGUUUAAGGAGUUAUUUAAAAUUACGUACGUAUGUAUUGUAUGUAAAUGUAUGUAUUUUUUUUAAUGUAAUAUCGAGAUAUACCUCUUGGAUGGUUCUAGUGAUUUUGUUUCGUUGUAUACCUAAUUAUAAGGUUUUAUUAAGAAAUGCAGAUUCAACUCGAAGUGCAAUAGUUUCCAAAAUAGGUUUUUUUUCCUUCAAUACAUCACUAAUAUGUACACUCGGUAUUUUUAGGUAUUUUUCCUCUGCAGUUUGUAUGAAAAAACUAGGAUUUUGUUGAUUUCUGUGUAAUUUUCCUAUAGACAUAGGCUGAUAUCACAACCGUAGAUACGUUGUUCUGUAUUUUUUAUGUGAAAAAUAAUGCGUAUUUUUUGCUGUUAUUCGAUGUACAAUUAAUUAUGGAUUCUGCAUUGAGCAUGCUUUUCAUGAAAUGCCAAAUAACCUUUUUGUUCGUGUAAAAAAAAUCUAGUCAUCGCGAAUUUUUUUUUUUUUUGUAGAGGAUCAAUUUGUACGAAUUUAAAUGUUUACUUUUUUCGAUUUUUAUACUCUGGCUUUAUAGUGCAACUUGAAUAAUUUUCUAUCUUUAAUAUUUUUUUUUUUUUGGUGAAAAUUUGGAAAAUUGGUGAUCGAGUUGAAUGUCUACGCAAGGGAAUUUCUGUACCCGAGAUUAUACGUUUACGUUACUUUUACGUAUUCAAUUCAAUUGUACUCGAUUUUGUAAUAUUCACGUAAAAGUAACGAUCGCUUUCGGCUUCUUCAUUCGUGUGUAUAGCUUUGGAAAACGUAAUUUUAUGUAUUAAUUUUACGAAAUGCUGUUAGUUGUGAUGUCAUUUUGAUCGAUUUGGUAAUUAAAUUUCGAAUAUAUUAUGUUUUUAUCUUGA